AUGAAGAGAUUAGGAUAAGCUCUGAUCUUGAUUUAUUGGUUAACUCUACUAUAAAAUACAUCUGCAGCUUCGAACUCUCUAAGUGUUUCAAAUGCUGCUUGUUCAUGCACAUAACUUUUAACUGAGAAAGAAUGUAGAGAACGUAAAUGCUAUUGGAACAACAAAAAAUGCUCUAUUUUAACAAUAAACACAGUCAAUUAUUGCGAUUCAAUAGGGAUAGAAGUUUGUAAAAGUACAGCUGGUUGUGCUAAUGUUUCUGAGAAAUGUGUGUCAUUUUCAGGAUGCAGUGCUUACUAAUACCCAACGAAUGAAACUUGUUAAAACAUCUCAAUAAAUUGUACUACAGAUGGAGAAUAGUGUAUAGAAUUAGAUAAGUGUAGUAGUUACAAAAAUCAGGUAAGUUGCGUAAAAGAUGAAAACGGGAAGUUUUGUUAUUGGAAUACUGAAAAGAGUAUAUGUGAAUUACCAACAACAUGUGAUCUAUUGCCAAUUUCUUUAAAUUCUGAUUUAUUAUGUAGAGCUUAGAUUAGUAGUUGUACAAUGAAGGAGGGUGGUGGAUGUGAAGCAAGUGGAGAAAAAUGUGAAAAUUAAAAAUUGGAAGGAGCAUGUUAUACAAGUUUAGAUUAAAAAAAGUAAUGUAUUUGGGAUUAAAAUUCAUGCAAAGAGAAAAUAUGUAUAAAUGCUCCUAUAACUAAUAUUACACAUGAAUUAUGUACAAAAUAUUUAUCUACUUGUACAGUAAAUGAUACUUUAAAUGGAUGUCUAGAUUAAUAAAUGUUAUGUUCAUCAUAUAAGAUUUAGGAUAAUUGUAUUAUUAAUAGUGUUGGUUAAAAUUGUUAUUGGAAUAAAAACAAUUAAAAAUGUGAAGAUAAAAAUUGUGAUAAUGCAACUGAUGAAUAUUAGAAUCAUGAUAUGUGUUAAUAAUGGUUGAAUACUUGUACUGUUAAAUCUGGUGGAAUAGGUUGUUAGACUAAAUUAAAUGAUUGUACAAAAUAUACUACUUUUAAUUAAUGUAUUAAGACUUUAGCUGGAGAUGAAUGUUUUUGGAAUGAAACUAAAUGUUAAUUAAAAUCAUGUGAGAAUGCACCUUCAACAAAUAUUAAUCAUGAUAUGUGUUCUUUAUUUUUACCAAUUUGUACUGUAUAAAUUGAUUUAACUGGUUGUGAAAAAUAAAAGGUUACUUGUUCACUUUAUACAAAAGAAGAAUAAUGUGUAUCUUAAUUAGAUGGUAAGUUAUGUAUAUUCUAGAAUGAUUUAUGUAUAGAGAGAAUUUGUAGUAAUGCUUCUGAAGACUUAACAAACGAUUCAGAAUGUAAAAGAUUUUCAUCUACUUGUAUGGUCAAAUCUAAUUAUAAAGGAUGUAUUUUAUAAGAAUGCAUAAAUAUUUAAACAAAAGAUCAUUGUACAUUAGAUUAUUAAAAUAAAUAAUGUUAUUAUGGAUAAUAAUGUUAAUUAAGAAGUUGUGCUAAUGCUCCAUAGACAUUUAAAACAGAUGCAGAAUGUAGAUCAUUUUUAAAUGAAUGUACAGUAAAUGAAGAACUUAAAGGAUGUAUAGAGAGACCAUCAUCAUGUGAUAAAUUAAAUGAAUAAUAAUGUACUAUGUUAAGUGAUAAUAUUACAAAAUGUAGUUGGAAUGAUGAUGAUGAGAGUAAUAAAGCAUGUAGAAUUUUUAAUUGUUCAGAUAUUACACCAGGAACAUAAACAAAUGAAACUUGUAGUGCUUUUGAUUAAUCUUGUACAGUUGCUGAUAAUCCUAGUAUAUGUAUGUAAAAACCAUUGGGUUGUUCAUUAAUGUUAAAUAAAGAUCAUUGUUUAGCAGUAAUAUUAAUAGAUAUGUAUUCAACUUGUAGUUGGGAUAAUGAAAAUUAAUUAUGUAGAGAUCGUUAAUGUUCAGAUGCUGAUUAAGCAAUAAAGACAGAAAAUGAAUGUAGAAAAUAUUUAUCUAUAUGUACACUUAGUACUACAGGAAGUGGAUGUAUGAAUGAACCUACAUCAUGUAAAGGAUAUAAUUCAAAAGAGGUUUGUUAAAGUUUAGUAUCUAAUCCAAAUAAUAUAAUAUUAUGUGGUUGGAAUGGUUGUGAAAAUAGAACUUGUUUUAAUGCACCUAUUCUAAAUUAAGGAUAAUAAUAUACACAUUAAUUAUGUCAUACAUAUUUAAAUUCAUGUACUUUAAAUGCUGAUUAGACUGGUUGUGUUGCUAAAUUUACAUCAUGUGAUGAAGUUAAAAGUUAAUUUUAAUGUGGAGAAACAGUUUUAGUAAAUGGAUCAAGAUGUUAUUAUGAUGUUUCAACAGAUAAUUAUUUUUGUAGAGACUUUAAAUGUACAGAUGAAACCACUUCAUAAAUGACACAUGCUAAAUGUUAAAGUUAUAGUAAUUAAUGUACUCUUGGUGAAAGUGGAAUGGGUUGUAUUGAUCUAUUAAGUUCAUGUUCAGACAUUAAAGAAAUGUAAUAAUGUGAAGGAACUAUUUUGAGUUUAAAUCGUUUAUGCAGUUGGGAUACUAAUCCUACACCUGAAUCUGAAAAUUAAGUUCCAAUUUGUAAAGAUAGAUAAUGUAAAUUCAGUCCUUAAAAAGAUACUCCUGAUGGUUGUGAAAGUUAUUUAGGAUCUUGUACACUUGGAGAUCCAGAAUUAGGAUGUAUUGAAAAACCUUCAUCAUGUAAUGGUUUAACUCAAAAAUAAUGUAAUAAUGUAAAAUUAAUUAAUGGAACAUAUUGUUCAUUUGAUAGUACUAUUGUAGUUGAAUCUGAAUAAUGCCAUCCUAGAAUUUGUGCUGAUGCUCCUACUAAAUAUUAAACUGAUGCUGAUUGUAGAACUUGGUUACCUAAUUGCACAGUAAGAUCUGAUGAAUCUGGAUGUAUUGAUGAACCUGCUGAUUGUUCUUAAAUGAUGAAAUUGUAAUGCUUUAAACAAUCUACCAAAAAAGUUACUUGUUUCUGGAAUGCCAAUGCUAAUCCUGCCAGUUGUAGAGCAGCUCUAUGUACUGAUGCAAGUACAAGUUUAUAUACAAGUGAUGCACUAUGUAAAACAUAUAGAUCUGAUUGUACUGUUGCUAAAGCUAAUGGUUGUAUUACAUAACCAACUUCAUGUGCUUCUUUAGAUCAAGAUCAUUGUCCUAAAGUAACUAUCAAUGCAGCUAGUAAAGAUGCUAGUGAAAAUAAGUGCAGUUGGAGUCUUACAACUUCAGCUUGUUAAGAUAGAGUUUGUACUGAUGCACCAAAUACAAUUAAUACAGAAGAAGGUUGUAGAAGUUGGCUCAAGACUUGUACUCUUGGAUUGACUAAUUAAGGAUGUAUUACUGAAUAGACCACAUGUGAUUUAGUAUAAACAUAGAAUUAAUGUUAAGUGUUAUCUAAUGGUACUAAAUGUGGAUGGAAUACAGGUUGUGUAAAUAGAACAUGUUCUAAUGCUCCUGAUACUUAUAUUACUGAUGAAUAAUGUAGAGAUUAUCUAUCAACUUGUACUGUUUAAGCAGAUGGAACUGGAUGUGUUAUACGAGCAUCUAAAUGCACUGAUAUUUUAGUAGAUAAACAAUGCAUUAAAAUUAAUAAUAGUAAAUUAUGUCAAUGGAAUACAAUUAAAUUAAAAUGUGAAGAUAGAGCAUGUACUAAUGCACCUAUUACAUUAAUUAAUCAUGAUAUGUGUUAAAAUUUCUUAUCUACUUGUACUGUUAAAGCAAGUGGAACUGGUUGUUAAACAUUGUUUGAUAAAUGUUCUGCAUAUACAGUCAAUAAACAUUGUAUAUUAACAUCAAGUAAUAAUGGUUGUCAAUGGGUUAUCAUUUCAGGAACAGGAUAAUGUGUAGAUAUUUAUGAAUCAUGUUCAUCUUACACUAUGGAAGCAUCUUGUACUGCAUAAAAGGAUUAAUCUAAAUGUAUUUGGUCAAAUGGAUCCUGUUAUAAUAGAGAAUGUUAACAUGCACCCAAAUCUUAUUCAACUCAUGAAUAAUGUCAAGAAUAUGGAAAUUGUACUACCAAUGGAUAAGGUUGCAUAAAUUAUAUAUCAUGUGAUUAAUAUAAAUAUGCAGCUUCUUGUGUAUAAGGAAUCAAUGGUAAAUGUGCAAUUGUUAAUUAAUGUCAAAAUAUCAGUUGUGAUUUAGCCUUAUCUACUUAUAAGACUCAUUCAGAUUGUCAAGCAUUUCUAUCUACAUGUACUACAAAUGGAAAUGGUUGUAUUGAAAUCAAGAGAUGUUAAGAUGCUUAUGUGGAAGAAGCCUGUAAAAUUAAUACAAAUAAAAGAGAGUGUGCAUGGGUUAAUGGAAUGUGUUAUGAUAAAAGUUGUGAUACUGCUGAUAUAUCUAUUUAAUCAGAAAAAGGAUGUGAGGAAUAUUAUCCUGAAAGCAAAUGUACUACUAAAAAAGGAGGAGGUUGUAUUACAAAAGGCAAGUGUAAAGAUGCAUAAGUAGAAUCAGCAUGUACUUCAUAAUUUGAUGGAUUGAAAUGUUCAUGGUAAAAUGGAACUUGUUAAUUAAGAUCAUGCACAGAUUUAUUGGGUUAUGAUCAUAAAACAUGUAAUACUGCUUAAGCUGAUUGUACAACAGAUGGAUAUCAAUGUACAAUGAUGAAAACAUGUUCAAAUACUUUGAUUGAAUAAGCAUGUAUUAAGGGAACAGAUGGACCAUGUAUAUGGAGUUAUGGAAAAUGUUAUAGAUAUACAAAAUGUACAGAUCUCAUUUAUACAACUCAUGUUGAAUGCAACUCUAUCCAUCCUUAAUGUACUACAAAUGGAUAUAAUUGUGUUGCUAUUACAAAGUGUUCUAAAACACCAAAAGUUGCUUGUUUUAUUGGUAUUAAUACAAAUUAAAUUGGAAAAUGUAUUUGGACACCAACAUCUGUAAAAAUAUCAGCACCCUAUUAAUGUAUCGACUUCACUGAUUGUACAAAUGCUUUAUAUUUAAAUCAUAAUGAUUGUUAUAAUUAUUCUCUUGGAUAAUGUACAAGUGAUGGUGUAAGUGGUUGUAUUAAAUUAGAUAAUUGUACAAAUUAUACUGUUUAAUCUGCAUGUUUUGUUGAUAAAGCUGGAAAAUCAAUAAAUUCAGCUGGAGCUAUUACAUCAACAGGUAAAUGUAAAUGGUCAUCUGGUAAAUGUGUUGCUUAAGGUUGUAUUGAUAUUAUUGGAUAUAGUCAUAAUGAUUGUAAUAGUUAAUUGAGUACAUGUACUUAUAAUGGAAAGAAUUGUGUUGUGUAAGGUACAUGUAGUAGUUAUACUACAAAUGAUUCUUGUACAGUUACAACAGGUACAGAUGGUAAAUGUUAUUGGGAUAGUAAUAUAUGUAAAGCUAUGAAAUGUGAAGAUUAUCCUGUUACUUUAUGUUCACUUUAUUCAUCUACUUGCAUUUAAGAUGGAUCAACAUGUGUUUCACUUCAGGAAUGUUCAUAAUAUAAAACUUAAACAGCUUGUGAUUAUGGUAGUCCAACUAGUGUUUGUGCUUGGAUUGUUACCACUACAAAUAAUAAAGGUAAAUGUGUUGAAGUAACUACAUGUACUAUAGCAACUGUCUAUGAAAAGGCAUGUAAGAAAUUGUCUGAUAGAUGUUAUUGGUAAACUAUUACUGUUGCUAAUUCAACAGAACAUAUUUGUGCUCCUAAAACUUGUGAGAUACAAACUGGAACUACUUGUACAGGAUAUUAUGAUUGGUCUCUUAAAACUUAUACUGUAUGUUAAUUUAGUGCUUAAGGGAAAUGUAUUUCUACUGAUCCCACCAGUUUGUAUUAAAAUGAUUGUCCAUUGGCUACCUUAUAUUAAUACACCUGGAAUCCAACUACAAAUAAAUGCACUAUUUGUAAUGCAGUUUAAACCAAUAAUUCUACACAAUAGAAUUAAUCAAAUACAACUGAAGAUAGUUCAGCAUAUAUUUUAUCAAUUGUAAUUCUUCUUGGAUUUGUAAUUUGA